AUGUCCAAUCGCGAUAGCUCCGGCGGUGGGUGGUUCGUCUACGACGAGAGCAGCGACAGCUACGAUCUCAACACGCGGAUCCUCGCCACCGCCGUCAUCUUCCUCGCGGUCGUCGUCCUCCUCGUGAUCGUCCUCCACCUCUACGUCCGCCACGUGUUCUUCCGCCGCCGCCGCAAUAACCUCGAGGCCUCGGCGGCCUCCGGCCGCCGCUUCCUCCGCUUCUACGUCACCGACCCCGCGCACGACGACCACGUCGCUGCUCCCGGGCUCGAUCCCUCCGCCAUCGCCGCGCUCCUGGCGCGCCCUUACCGGUCGACGGCGGGCGGCGACGGCGAGUGCGCCAUUUGCUUGAGCACGGUGGAGGACGAGGAGAUGGUGCGGGUGCUCCCGGGCUGCGGCCACCUGUUCCACGUUGGGUGCAUCGACAUGUGGCUGGGCUCGCACUGCACUUGCCCGGUGUGCCGGGUAUCGGUGGAGCCCCCGUCGGCGACUGCCGCGGCGGAGGACGGCUGCGAGGCGACUACUCCGGCGUCUCAGGAGGAGGCGACGUUGGCAGCGAAAGAAUCAGAGUCGGCGUCGUCGUUCACGAGAAUUCUCAGCUGGGAGAGGUCAACUGCGAGGAGGCCGCAAGGGCAAGGCAUAGAAGACUUGGAGAGACAGUAA